AAACAUGGUGAAAAAAUUGACGAGAGCUUGCUUCAUGAGCUUUUGAAUGAAGUUGAUCUAAAUAAAAAUGGCGAAAUUGAACUGAAAGAGUUUUACCAGCUGUACAGCGGGCUGAAAGGAGGACAAAUUGCGCAAAACCGACUGGCUCGAUAUCUCGAUGAAUUUGAACCGACUCCUGUGUCAGUGUUGCGCUCCGGAGGCGGCGUUUAG